GCUGUACUGGAAAACACAAUCUCAAGUGUGAAGAAGUCAGCGAGUAACUCUCCUCCGAGGAAGCCAACACCCCUUCCCUAUUGCUAAGAACCAAAGAAUCCCUCGCAGGCCACGCGUGCUUGGCUUGGCUUCCCAAGCGGGCGCACUUCGGCGCAGACGCACUGGUUCCGCCUUCCCAACAAUCUCGACCCUCGACGCGUUCCGUCGGCCAGUGCGGGCCGGAGUCGAGUCUACUCGAGGCCGCUCGGCGGGCAGGGGCUGCGGCGCGCCCAGCAACGGCACGGAUGGCGGACUCGCAGCUGUUUUGUGUGGCGGAGGAGCGCAGCGGUCACUGCGCCGUGGUGGACGGAAACUUCCUCUACGUGUGGGGGGGCUACGUGUCUAUUGAAGAUAAUGAAGUAUAUUUGCCUAAUGAUGAAAUUUGGACCUAUGAUAUUGAUAGCGGGUUGUGGCAGAUGCACCUGAUGGAAGGAGAUCUCCCCACCUCCAUGUCGGGAAGCUGUGGCGCCUGCGUUCACGGGAAGCUGUACGUGUUUGGAGGCUAUGAUGACAAAGGAUACAGCAACCGACUUUAUUUUGUUAAUUUACGAACAAAAGAUGGAACCUAUGUUUGGGAAAAAAUCACCAACUUUGAAGGACAACCACCCACCCCUCGUGAUAAACUUUCCUGCUGGGUAUAUAAAGACAGAUUAAUAUAUUUUGGUGGUUAUGGGUGUAGGAGACACAGUGAACUUCAAGACUGUUUUGAUGUUCAUGAUGCAUCUUGGGAAGAGCAGAUAUUCUGGGGAUGGCAUAAUGACGUCCAUGUAUUUGACACAAAGACGCAGACUUGGUUUCAACCAGAAAUUAAAGGUGGAACUCCACCACAGCCACGCGCUGCACAUUCAUGUGCAGUUCUUGGAAAUAAGGGUUAUGUCUUUGGUGGACGUGUUCUGCAAACUCGGAUGAGUGACUUGCACUAUCUAAACUUAGACACCUGGGCCUGGUCUGGAAGGAUUCCUGUUAAUGGAGAAAGCCCAAAACAUCGGUCGUGGCACACUUUAACACCAAUAGCUGAUGAUAAGCUUUUCCUAUUUGGUGGACUAAGUUCAGAUAAUAUUCCAUUAAGUGAUGGUUGGAUUCAUAAUGUCAUAACAAAUUGUUGGAAACAACUCAUACAUUUACCUAACACAAGACCCAGAUUAUGGCACACAGCCUGUUUGGGAAAAGAAAAUGAAAUAAUGGUAUUUGGUGGGAGCAAAGAUGACUUACUUUCCUUUGACACAGGUCACUGUAAUGAUUUACUGAUCUUUCAAACACAGCCUUACUCACUACUCAGGUCAUGCCUUGACUGCAUUGGUAAAAAUGCUAUCAUUUUAAAAAAUCAGAUAUCUCUAUUACCUCCUAAACUUCUACAGCAAGUACUCAAAAAAAUAACAUUUUGGACUGCCGCUAACCACAGAGAAGAACAAAGAAUUCAGAAAGAAGAAACAGACAAUAAGUAUCAGUGGAUCAGUAGCAACUGAAUUGUAACAUACCCCAUCUACAUACAUUGACCCAUUUUAAUCUAAUUAUACAUUUCUCUGCCUCACCCCAGUUGCAAGCUUCAUUUAAGGAUAAAAUUUGAUACAAAAA